AUGCGUCGUCUGCACGGAAUUCUUCCAAUCCUAUUCCUUCUCCUGGCCAUCUAUCAGGUCCUGGGCCAGGAUUGUGGGCCCUCAAGGGAGAGAAGGUGCGUUGCGCGUCAUAAAUGCCGGGCACAAAUACAAUUCCGAGAUACGACUGAUGGAAAUAAUGGAUGCCCUGCCCUUGAAACCUGCUGUGAAACUAUAAAUAUACUUAAUGUCGAGCCAGAUUACGAUUGCGGACGACCCAACAUCAGAGGCCUAUCCUUCACAGACCGGAACUUGGAUGGCUUUGCCCAGGAGUUCGAGUUUCCAUGGAUGGUGGCCUUGCUCGAUACAAGAGGUAUUUACUUGGGUGGUGGCGCCAUUAUCUCUCCCAAGGUGGUCAUCACAGCCAAAUCCGUAACCGACAACCUAACCGAAGACCAGCUUAUUGUCCGGGCUGGCGAAUGGGACUUAAAAACCAACUCCGAGCAAUUGCCACAUGUUGAAGCUAGAAUCCGGUCGAUCGUUCGUCAUCCUGGCUUCGCCAAAAACAACGGGGCCAAUAACGUGGCUCUCUUGUUCCUUCGGACUCCGCUAAAAUUUACCCAACACAUUAAGCCAAUCUGCCUGCCGCCGGAUAAUAGGAACUUCGAUUACUCGCGCUGCAUCUUCAGUGGCUGGGGUAAGAAGUCCUUUGCCGACUUAACAUACAUGGAUGUUUUGAAGAAGGUGGAGUUACCAAUAGUCCAGAACAAUGAGUGCGAGUAUCAACUUCGUCGCUUCUACGGAAACGAAUUCCAGCUCGACAACAGCCUCUUGUGCGCUGGUGGGGAGCGUGGAAAGGAUUCUUGCAUGGGCGAUGCUGGGUCUCCGCUGGCUUGUCCCCUGCGAGAAGAUCCCCAAAGGUAUGAGCUGGCCGGCAUUGUAAACUUUGGCGUUCAGUGCGGAAUGCAGGACGUCCCGGCGGCUUAUACCAAUGUUGGAAAAGUUCGAAAAUGGAUUAUCGAUGAGACUAACAAAAAUUUAGACGGUUACGAACCCGAACCAGAAAGUGAACCUGAAAACACACCACCACCUUUUAAUUUACCCGCACAUCAAGGUAGAUCUUUUUUGAGUUUCUCGUAG